AUAUGUUAUCAUAGUCAAGAUCAUGAAGAUAAAAUUUUUCUCCCCUGCAUUUAGUGUAUUCUUUCACAUCAACAUGGCGGAAAACGCAGACUUUUCAAAACUGGAUUCGAUAGCAAGUCGGAAAAGUGGAGGGGAAAAUCUUUAUCUCAGGUUCUACCAAGCCAAAAUGGCACAGAAUCCCAGCGCACACAGAUUUUCGGACCCUAGCUUGGAUGAGAAGGAGAGGGAAGCCCUAACAAGAUGGAACCGAGACCGCGACGAUCGCACUUCGCCGCUCAACUUGCAACUCCUGUUCGCGUUCUCGGUUCCGAGUCGACAGGCUUUAGAUCUCAUCGUUGGGUUGAAGCGUCCGCUUGUAUCUGUUGGAGCGGGUGUGGGCUACUGGGAAUUUCUCCUCCAACAGACAGGGUGUGACGUCCUAGCAUUCGAUUCUAAUGAACUGUAUCCAGAGGGUCUGCGUUAUAUCGAUGUUAAAAAAGGAGGACCAGAAGUCUUAGUGUCACAUGGCGAACGAGUGCUGUUUUUGGCAUGGCCAGAUGCAGAUGAGUCCUCCACAUUGUCUACCGACUGUCUGAACCAUUACAAAGGAGACGCCAUCAUCCAUGUGGGAGAACUGUUCGGAGAGACUCUGUCGUCCAAUCCCUGGGGACAGUCCACGUCCAGAGAGUUUCAGCUCAAUCUGGGUGAACACUUCCGCUGUGUGACCAGGAUGCAGCUGCCUAACUGGCCGGGGCACAUGGACACACUCACCUUGUGGAGAAGACUCCCAGCAGCUGUUGAUUGUGAUGGAGCGAUGUUUCAUUAUGUCCACCCUCCACAGAAAAGAUAUUGGCCAGAGUGUUCUGCCUAGUUCUCUUGCAAGGCCACACUGAUUUAAUUUUAUGGAUGACAUCUGCAGGCGCAUUGAUUGACUAAGGCGAAACAGACAUUGAGAGUGAUUAAACGUAAUCUGUGAGCAUGUCCAACUUGAGUGAAAUCACUUGCAUACACGUCACUUGUAAGACCGAACCUAGAAUAUGCUGCGACAGUAUGGGAUCCAUAUACAA